AUGAUAAGACACAAGAGGACUCAUGCAGGACAGAAACCAUAUGAGUGCCCAGAUUGUGGGAAACGUUUCAGUUGGAAUUCCCUCCUGGUGAGACACCAGAGGACUCACACAGGAGAGAAGCCAUAUGAGUGUCCGGAGUGUCCGGAGUGUCCGGAGUGUGGGAAAGAUUUUUCUUUGAAAUCUGACUUGUGUCCAGAGUGUGGGAAAAGUUUUAGUCAGAAUUCCUACCUGGUGAAACACCAGAGGACUCACACAGGAGAAAAACCCUAUGAGUGUUCGGAUUGUGGGAAAGAUUUCUCUUGGAAAUCUGACCUGGUUAGACAUCAGAGGACUCACACAGGAGAGAAACCCUAUGAGUGUCCGGAUUGUGAGAAAGAUUUCUCUUCGAAAUCUGCCCUGGUGAACCAUCAGAGGACUCACACAGGAGAGAAACCCUAUGAGUGUCCAGAGUGUGAGAAAGGUUUUAGUCAGAAUUCUCACCUGGUGACACACCAGAGGACUCACACAGGAGAGAAACCCUAUGAGUGUCCAGAUUGUGGGAAAGGUUUCAGUCAGCAUUCCACCCUGCUGACACACCAGAGGACUCACACAGGAGAGAAACCCUAUGAGUGUCCAGAUUGUGGGAAAGGUUUCAGUCAGCAUUCCACCCUGCUGACACACCAGAGGACUCACACAGGAGAAAAACCCUAUGAGUGUUCGGAUUGUGAGAAAGAUUUCUCUUCGAAAUCUGUCCUGGUGAACCAUCAGAGGACUCACACAGGAGAGAAACCAUAUAAAUGUCAUUGUGGGAAAAGUUUUAGUCAGAAUUCUUACCUGGUGAGUCACCAGAGGACUCACACGGGGGAGAAACCCUAUGAGUGUCCGGAUUGUGGGAAAGAUUUUUCUUCGAAAUCUGUCCUGGUGAACCAUCAGAGGACUCACACAGGAGAGAAACCAUAUAAAUGUCAUUAUUGUGGGAAAGAUUUGUCUUCGAAAUCUACCCUGGUGAUCCAUCAGAGGACUCACACAGGAGAGAAACCAUAUAAAUGUCAUUGUGGGAAAAGUUUUAAUCAGAAUUCUUACCUGGUGAGACACCAGAGGACUCACACAGGCGAGAAACCCUAUGAGUGUCCAGAGUGUGGGAAAGGUUUCAGUCAGCAUUCCACCCUGCUGACACACCAGAGGACUCACACAGGAGAGAAACCCUAUGAGUGUCCAGAGUGUGGGAAAGGUUUCAGUCAGCAUUCCAGCCUGGUGACACACCAGAGGACUCACACAGGAGAAAAACCCUAUGAGUGUUCGGAUUGUGAGAAAGAUUUCUCUUCGAAAUCUGCCCUGGUGAACCAUCAGAGGACUCACACAGGAGAGAAACCAUAUAAAUGUUGUCACUGUGGGGAAAGUUUUAGUCAGCAUUACUACCUGGUGAAACACCAGAGGACUCACACUGGAGAGAAACCCUAUGAGUGUCCAGAUUGUGGGAAAGAUUUCUUUUGGAAAUCUGACCUGGUUAGACAUCAGAGGACUCACACAGGAGAGAAACUAUAUAAAUGUCGUUGUGGGGAAAGUUUUAGUCAGAAAUCCAUCCUGGUGAGACACGAGAGGACUCACACGGGAGAGAAAGAGUGGAAACCAUAUGAGUGCCCAGAGUGUGGGAGAGAUUUCAGUAGUAGGUAUAAACUUUUAAAUCAU